AUGGGACGGCAUAAGCCCUCACGGAUUCCGAACUACCGCGACAAAGACCACCAAAAGUUCAAUAGGGAAGAAGAAGAAAUGCUUAUGGCGAUCGCUUCAGGUUCAGCGGAAUCACCCAGGAAACAGAUAAUGCGCAUGGAGAUGGACUGGCUGGUUGACCCUCGUGAACUGGCAAGUCGGGUCUCACAACUGCUAAAAGACCAAGAUCUAUCCAAGGCAGCAGCGCUUGUUCGAGAGUCUCAGAAACAGGGAGUGAAGUGUGUCGUAGCAUGGAAUUUCCUGAUAAAAUACUGCCUGGAAAAAGGGUAUUCGAGGGUAGCCUACAAGUUCUUCAAUGAUAUGAAAAAACGAGGUGGUAAACCAAAUCCCCAGACGUUUACCGUCUUACUAUCCGGUCUCCGCGAUUGCCCGUCACGAGGUGAAAGUCAAUAUAUCAUCGAGCUUGCAGAAUCGAUCUAUCGAUCGAUCUCUGCACCAAACUCUUCAGUCAAACUCGAUGUGACACAUAUCAACGUCAUGCUUUCGGUUUGCCAGCGGCAUGGCGAUAUGGAUGCAAUGUGGCGUAUUGCUUCAGAUUUACCGGAGUCCGGAGCAGCAUCCCCCGACAUGACUACUUAUACCACUAUAUUGGGGGCUAUCCUGUUUGCUGCCCGCACCGAUAUAGAGAAAAUGAAACCAUGGCAGGUUGACGAGAUCCUGGCGCGAAAGACCCAAAUGGUUAAGGAAGGCAAAAGGAUCUGGGCCGAUGUUGUCUAUAUGUGGACAAAUGAUGGAUAUGUCCUCGACGAGCAAGUUGUGAAUGCAAUGGCAAUGCUGCUGCUUGACGGUGCCACAGAAGGUGACUUUUACGAUGUGUUCUCUCUUUAUCACCAGACUAUGGGAAUUCCUCUCUUUGCUAAGCCCCCAACCGAUAUUUCCAAGGAUACUACCUCUCGGAAAUACAAAAAGCCAAUAAAAUCGAAGUACGUGGACGAAACUGUUCCAUUUAUGAACGAAGAUGGCCAAAUGAUCAGCCUGCGGCAGCAUGAAUCAGAGACCUUGAAAGUUGAAGAUGAGGAGGAAGAAAACUUUGACUCCCUAUUUGAACCUGUCGUUCCCGGAAACGAAAACCUGUCUUACAUCAAACCUGGGAGUAAAGAACUUACUCUGAUCGAGGAUGCUUGUUUCAACAUGACUCAAGGAUCCGCAGCGGGUGUUGCUUAUUGGAACCACCUAACGGUUGAGGAAACUCCAUACCGUAUUGAUCCUGACAAUCUCGCUAUCAAUCAAUAUUUGCGUCUUCUCCGUGUCAUGCGAUCGAGCAAAAAGGCUGUCGCUGUCCUACGCGAUCAAAUGAUCCCAUCCGGCCAAAUUAGCGGCAAGUCUUUCCACAUUGCCUUGUCCUGCUGCCGCCGCGACAUUCAAAACUUUUCAGUCCUCUUGAAUGCGAAUGAACUUCUGCAUCUUAUGGGUGAAUCUAUGGUUCUUCCCGAUCCUCGAGUACUCCAAGGAUAUCUCCAGUUGGUUGGAGCUCUCGCACAAAAACCCCAAAUGCUCAUGGGCCUGAAAGGACUUGAUGUUAAUAUGAAACGCGGCGCUUCCCGCUUGGAUACUCUGGGUAAGGAGCUGCAAGCGAAGCUUCGUUUGUUCACUCAUGCUGCGCUCCGUCCCCACUUCUUAAAGCUUCAUGAGGCCUUGGAAGGUGGAUCGAUACGCCAGGUAUCUCAUUGGAGCGCUGCUUAUGAGGAAUCUGGGCUUAUCAUGGCUCAGUCAGCUAUCAAGGCCAUGGCGUGGGUGCGAUUGAUGGUUGAUGAUGUGCUGGCUGUCGAAUAUAAGGCGCAUAUCUCGAAGGAGGCGCGUAAGAUCCUCGAGGCUGAUUCCAAAAUGCUGCGAAAGUAUUCAAACCAGGAACUGCUUGAAAGAUUUGAGGGGAAGACUCUUCGACCCACUACGGCGCAGUGGAACUCAUUCCGUGAAGGAAAAGCUGAGAAGUUUGACGAAGCUUCGAAGGAAGUUCAACUGAAGCAGACGAAAAAAGUCCAACCCGAAGAGCAGACGGAAGAAAUCUUGGAUGCUUCAAGGCAUUAA